GAUGAUUCAGAUAACACGCUGAUGGAAAGUGAAAUAGGAACAACUCUCGUCUCCGCUGACCAUUGCAGAUAUAAUCUGUGUAUGCAUGUCAUCGAAAUGCAUUGAUCCAUCGUAUUUGGAGUAGACCUCUUUUCCCUCUCCUCAUACGACUGCCUCCGAAGCAAAUGCUGGUGAGUCCACCAAGAAACAGAAGAAGACAAGCAAACCCUUCCCGCGAAGCAAAGCCGCCGACCCUCCAUCGUACCCUACAAUGUCUUUUGGUCUCUUAUAAUUACGCCCUUUUGAUUCAUUAAGCGAAGGCAAGAGCCAAAGAGCAAAGGCAAGCGCUCAGUCCUUCUAGUGUUCACACCUCACACCACUCCCCUCCCAGUAAGUAAACGGACCCAGAAAAUUUUAUUGCAAAUCCAAGAUAUGUAGAGCAUUUUCGAAGAUGAUCGCAGUGGUUCCUCUCGAUCUUGGCCCGUUGUACUCUGGGUAAUCCCAUCUUUCUUGAUUUAGUCGGUAAUCUGUUUGUAUGAUUGCCCGAGUGGAACUUGGGUCAGCCGCCGGUUAUCUUUUGUUGCAAGAUCCGUCCCUUGUUCGUCAAUGGUUUGGUAUUUUCGAGUUUCGCAGGUCAAGGUCUUUGGUUCGAACUUCGGAAGGAGGUGGGAAGGCUAGACUCAAUUUCCUGGAGAAAUAAUUUGGCAUUACAGUCCGAGGUUCACUUGAAUCCUUGACAUGUUCUGCUGCAUCAGCUUGCUUCAAUUCCAUAUAAUAUUCAAAGAUGAAUGCCUAUAUAAUAUUGGAGCCUAUUCUCAAGGACAUCCUUCUUGUGAUCCAACCCUUGAGGGAUGAUCGGACAAUACGACAUCAUAUUGUUAAUGAGUUUCGUAAUAUUGUUCAAUCUGUGGAAAGUUUGAGAGGUGCAAUUGUGGAGCCAUUUGGAUCAUUUGUGUCUAAUCUAUUCACAAGAUGGGGAGAUUUGGAUAUUUCUAUAGAGUUACCAAAUGGUUCAUAUAUUUCUUUUGCUGGAAAGAAGCGCAAGCACAAUUUACUAGGGGAUGUAUUGGAUGCAUUGAGGAGGAUGGGUAGAUGUCGGAAAUUGCAAUUCAUCCCCAAUGCAAGAGUCCCGAUUUUAAAGUUUGAGAACCACCAGAACAUCUCCUGUGACGUCUCAAUUGAUAAUCUGAAGGGACUCAUGAAGUCCAAAUUCUUAUAUUGGAUAAGUGGGAUAGAUGGACGCUUUCGUGAAUUGGUUUUGCUGGUCAAGGAAUGGGCCAAAGCACAUGCCAUCAAUAAUCCAAAGGCUGGAACUUUGAACUCAUACUCACUCACUCUGCUUGUUAUCUUCCAUUUUCAGACUUGUGUACCUGCCAUUCUGCCUCCUCUUAAAGAAAUCUAUCCAGGAAAUAUUGUUGAUGAUCUUUCAGGUGUGAGGGAUGUCGUGGAGAGACAGAUUGAGGAAACUUGUGCUGCUAACAUAGCCAGGUUUAAAUCAGAUUGCAAAAUACCGGCUAAUCGAAGUUCUUUGUCUGUGCUCUUCAUUUCGUUCUUUGCAAAGUUCUCUGACAUUGCUUUAAGGGCCUCGGAGCAAGGCCUUUGCCCCUUCGCAGGAAAAUGGGAGGACAUAAGAACCAAUAUGAGAUGGCAGCCCAAGACAUACACAUUUUUUAUUGAGGAUCCUUUUGAGCAGCCGGACAAUACUGCGAGGACCGUGAGCAGCGGGCAGCUAACAAGGAUAUCUGAAGCAUUUAAGAGAACCCAUAGUGAGCUUGUCUCAGCAAAUCAGAAUCGUAAUUCUAUCAUCGCCACUCUAGUUAGGCCACAAAUAUCAAGAUUCAUUGGAGGAACAGCACCGGUUCGAAGCCCAGGCACUUCUGGCAGAGGGCCCCCACAGGCCCGCCAACAGGUGCGAAGAGCUGCAUACUCUACUGCACAAUUGCGCCCUCAGUUUCAGAACAUGUCUCGUGGGACCCGCUCAGCCCGUCCCAAGGCCGUCUCAAACCAAAGACCUCCGCAGUCUGGUCAUGGUCAACCACAAAUGGUGUGGAGGCCGAGGUCUGAUAGAUAAAUGGUUUAGAAAGCAUCUUGGAUGGUCCGAUUAAUUUGAUGCCUUACAAGAACAAAGAAGUUUGCAGGUAUAUAUGCUGGGGUUCGAAUAUUUUUGUAUUGGGUUUGCACCUACUACUUGAUUAGGACCUGGUGAUUGGAAAGUUCUGGUAUGUUUUGACCCAUAAGACUUCAUCCGCAGGAUUUUAUAUAUGAUGGGACAUCCAAAAUUCUAAGAAGAUAAAAUUAAUGGAGGAUGUGCUGGGGUUUGAAUCC